GAGGCCUGGCUCAGGCCUUGCUCAGUCUUUCCCUUUGUCUACUGCAGCAGGUUGACUUCUUCUCCAGUUGACUGUGCAUAAGAUCUUCUUUGACGAUAUUUUGGAGCAGACAGGAAUGUUGAUCCUGAGAUUAAAGCCUCAACAAAAGAGAGCAGCAGCCGUCACAACAGAAGCUCACAUAGUUUCAGACGACAACACAGAGCCCGUCCUCUAUAUGACAACAGCACACCGCACCAAACAUCACAACCACAGAGGACGUGCACACAGACACAUCUACAGACACUCGGACGCCACAAAAUCCAAUCGCUUCAACUUCCUCUCAGACGUUUCCAGACUUUUUGUAUUUUGGUUUUAUUUGAGUUCCUGAGUUUUCAUCCAUGAUGUUUGGCAGGACUCUUCUACUGGUCUGUGUGGCCAUUUUCUUCUGUGCAGAUGCUGAGGAUAAAUCCAGACUCUACAGGAGGCCCUCCUGUGUAGGAAUGAGCGUGACCCAGGCAUGUCCUCUGAACUACUCUCCAGUGUGCGGCAGUGAUGGCGUCACCUACCCAAAUGAAUGUUCUCUUUGUGUCCAGAGAUUGGAGAAAAACGCAGACAUUUUGAUUGUCAAGGAUGGACCCUGCUGAGGAUCACAUCAUCAAGAUACUGUGUAACUGAUGACAUCAUUACAUGUAUUUUUGACUUGUUUGAAUGUAGAUGUUAGUAACCACACACAGCUAUAAUUUUAUAAUGAUGUGCUCAUAUUUCUGUAAAGUUGUUUUUCACUGAAAUUUUUUCCAAUAAAGAUUUUCCCUUUGUCUGA